AUGUCGCCCAGCGUAUCGCAGGUACUUCAUGAUCAUCUCCAGCUAUGUAAAUGGCAAGAUAAACUUGAGUUUCUCUGCUUUGUCCUGUGUACCAUUUUCGAGGGCCUGAAGGAUCGAAGCUGCGAGUGUAAUCAGACACUGGAUCUUCUGCAGUUCGUCAAGAAAAUCAUUACGCUGUGCGAAGAUUCCCACGGGCGAUUGAGACAACUGGUACCGGAAAACGAGCUUUCACAGCUAAAGUCUUGUCUCUACCUAAUCAAACCAAUACACAAUCUAGCAGCCCACCACGUUCCUGCCGGUAAUGGCGUCAUGAAGGAGAAGCAGGCGGUUUUCGACUCGGUGAUUGCCAAGUUAGAGGCUACUAUUCAGAAAGGAGCGAAGACAUACCAAGUUCAUCAGCAAUACCAGCCUUUGAAGAUCUUUCCCAAGUCGGAAUCGUCUUAUCUGGAUCUCCAGUUCUCUCCAGUCGACAACUAUAUCUGCAAUAGGGGGCAUUUUGCCAAGAGUAUUGGUCAAGAGUGGAGCCUCGGUGCAGGAAUGGGCGACAACGCAUCUCGAAAUCUGAUUAUCUCAACCCAGGAUGCUUGCCCCAACAAAGUCAUAAAAAACAAAAACGUGGCAAGAAUCAACUGUUAA